CAAAAUGAGCCCGGAAGCCUGGCUCCCGCAGCCCACCUUGCUCCUCACUGGCCUCAGCUUGCUCCUCUCACUGGAUGGAGCGCAUUAGCCAGCAGAGCAGCCUUGACGUGCAUCCAGCUUGGCCACAAGGCUGGACUCAGGAGCACCUCAGGAAGAAGGUUUGAGCAAAGAGCAGCAGCCCAAAGGGAGAGGCUGGGAAGAGCAUGCUGGAUGCAGGCGCUAGGGUUUGGGUGCUGCUGGGGCAGCCAGCGGAGCAGGGGAGCUGCAGGAAAGGAGCGGAGGAGCACGCAGGGCACAGACGCCCCAUCCCUGCCCAGACCCCGUCCUGCCCUGUGAGCUGCACCAGCACCCACAGGAUUGGGCAUGGAAGUCAUGGCUCCCGCCACCAUCAAUGCCUUGAAUGGCUCCUCCGUGAAGCUCUCCUGCACCUUCAACUCGUGCUACAAGGUGGAGAACAAGCAGUUCUCCCUCAACUGGACGUACCAGGAGUGCAGGAACUGCUCUGAAGAGCUGUUCCUGCAGUUCCGGACGAAGAUCAUGAACAAGCAGCUGGACCGCUUUGGGAACCGCGUGGAGUUCACCGGGAACCCCGCCAAGUACGACGUGUCCUUCACCCUCAAAAACGUGCAGCUGGAGGACGAGGGCACCUACAACUGCUACGUCCUGAACCCCCCGGACCGGCACCGGGGCCACGCGAGCAUCAGCCUGAAGGUGCUCACCAAAGAGCCUCCAAAGCAUGACUCGACGGUGGCUGUCAUCGUGGGCGCUUCUGUAGGCGGCUUCUUGGCCGUCGUGAUCCUGGUGCUGAUGGUGGUAAAAUGCGUGCGCCGGAAAAAGCAGCAGAGGCUGAACACAGACGACCAAAAGACGGAGGAGGAAGGGAAGACAGACGGUGAAGGCAACCCAGACGAGGGCACCAAGUAACCUCCCGCUGUCCUUCCCUCCCUCUUCACCCCUGUACAGCGUGAUCCCCUUGAUGUGCUUCCCCAAGCAAGGAUUUCUGUCUCCCCAGAGCAUCCCUCCUUCCAUCUAAAUACCCAACCCAGCCUGGAGCAGGGCGCGGAGAGCAGGUCCCUAGAGCCUGGCCGCAGAGGGUGGCUGAAGUGCUUUGGAGCUGCCCCUGAGGCUCUGGAGUGCCAGAGCAUUGCAUGUGCCUGCGGGGAAGUGCUGGGGACAGGGAGAUGUGGGACGAGGGAAAAGCACGGUCCCCACACAUGGAGAGGCUGGAGCAGGGGGUGCCAGGAGGGGCAGAGAGGGGCUGGACAGCCCCGUGCCCUGAUGUCUGCACCCUGUCCCACUAGAAGAAGAGAGAAGGAGCCAGCGGCCAGCAGCCGCCUGCACUCAGGGCCACGUCUCACCCCCAGGAUGCUCCUGCUGUUCCCAGGCAUGGGCACCAAUGUGCCUGUCCCUGAGGGAUCCCAAUAGCUGCCCGUCUCCUCCUUGCAAGUCCUGUGUGCCAGUGCUGAGGGUGCUGUGACAAGAAGCUUGUGCUCCUCAGGGACUGUCCCAGCCUGCUCAGAAGCUGGGUAAUGACCAUUAGCUCACACGGUGUCUCUGAGCUUUGCUGCUUUUUGGAGCCGCUAAUGGCUCCUGGUUUGUAACGGAUGUACCCUUCUGCCUCUCGGGCUAUUUUUGGGUCUGAGCAUCUCAGCCAGAGGUGCUGGGCUGACUUUUUUGUGCUCGUUUCCUUCUUAGGGAGGGUAAUUCUAAUGGAAAAUGCUCUGCUGAUGUGCCAAACCAAGGUGGUGGGGAGUGGCGGGGUGUGACUGCUAGGGACAAAGAGCUGCUGGGAAGAGGAGGAGGUUUGGGGCGCUUGCUGGGAAGGAUUGGGCACAGACGCAGGACAGCUCUGUCACCUCCGAGCAACCCUGUGAUGCUGAGAUUGCCUCCUCCUGCCUCCCUGCAGAGCACUGCACAAUCUGUAACUGCCACGGCAAAGCACUGCCAGCCCGGCCAGCCACGGGCCCCGCAGUGCCAGCUGCUCCUGCCUCAGCCCCAUCCAUGGUCCAGCGCCUGCCCUGCUUUGACAGCUCCUCUGUGCGCCCCAGGAGCUGCCCUGUGUGCUCUGCAGUUUGUUAUUAGCAGUGACCCGGGCAGCUCACGGGGGAACAAGGGUAUGGGUGAGCGGUGAUGCGGGCUGGUCCCACGCUGCGGUGGUGCAGGGGGAUGCGGCGAGCCCAGGGUUGGGAGCUGGCGGUGCUGCCUGCCUUGGGCUCACUGCCUGGCCUUGGGCAAGCCCCUGGCCUCCUGUGCUGGACCUGGUGGGUGAGCUGUGCUGGCUGGAGCGCGUGGGGAGCUCGUCCUGGGGCCUCUUGUGGUUCAGACAAGGAGAGUGUCCCGUGCCACACCGUGCCCAGGCUUUCCUUCUCCCAUGGCAGGCAGGACGUGGGGCAGGAGAGGGGCAGUGCAUGGAGCUGACGGGCCAAGUGACAGAGGUCCUGUCACCUAUUAGCAACACUGCCAGGGGAGAAGUGAGACCUUCCCCACAGCACCCGGCACCCAGUGCUGCUGCAUCCCUGCGCAGUGUCCCGGCAGCGCUGUGGGCAAUGCCAUCAGGCCCUGGGGACAAAGGGAUGUCCAUGUGCUCCCUGCUCUGUCCCCAUCGCUUCCUGCCCCGGUCCUGCGUGCCCUCCUCACCCCGCUCGACCUCGCUGGGCUCCGUACCGCUCCCCUUCGCAUCUGCAGCAGGAAUGUGCCGUGUCUUCAUGUGGCUUCCCCCUCUCCCGUGGGAUUUCCUGCCCCAGGAGAGCCGGGAUGAGGCUGCCUGCCCCUCGCACCCCCAUGCCAGAUGGCUUUCCCUGCACAGUGCCAGUGGGGAGCCGGCUGCCAGGCUGGUUCCCUGGGACCUGCACCCUGCUCGGAGCUGGGCUGUGAGCGGCUCCACGCGGGACUGAGCUGGCAACUCUGCGGCCAAAGGCCUCUGACUGUUGCACAUGAGCAGUCUUGCAUCUGCCUUUUCAUUUCUUUCAUGCACUAUCCUUGGAUUGCAACUUGCCAAUGCAUUUGUAUGUACAUAGCUGUACACACCAGAGAGAAUCUCUACAAAUAUAUAUAUAUAUACACACA